AUGCCGGUGAUGUCAAUAGGCAUUGGUGGAUUGGAGACCGCCAAUGCGUCCGCCAUUGUGUCCAACUGGCUCAAGCUUGGUGGACGAGGCAUUGAUACCGCACUGAUCUACAAGGACCAGAAUGUCGUUCCCGAGGAGCUGCAGAAGGCCGGCAUCGACCGCAAGGAUGUUUUCAUCACCACGAAGAUUCCUGGCUGUGACUUGGCUACGGCCAGCGUUGAAUACGACUUGAAGCAGCUCAAGACAGACUAUAUCGACCUGCUGCUCAUACACUACCCCAAGGGUGACUGUGCCAAGGCAUGGGAGGUCCUGGAGGGCUACCACAGCAAGGGUGUGCUCAGAGCCAUUGGUGUUAGCAACUUCGACAAGCCUUCUCUGGAGGUGCUGAUGGAGACGGCAAAAGUCAAACCUGCCGUGAACCAGAUUGAGCUCAACGUUUUGGAGUUUGAUGCUGAGGCCCUGGCGUUCUCUGAAGCGCUGAACAUCACCGUGGAGGCGUACUCUCCAGUCGGUCGCAGCGGCCAUUCUGGAGACAUUCGUGGCAACAAGGUCAUCCAAGGAGUUGCGGCCAACCACAACAUCAGCACCUAUCAGGUUGCCCUGAAGUGGAUCAUCCAGCAUGGGCGCUUCUUGACCUUCCAGUCCAGCUCGGCCGAGCACCAGGCCUCUGACGCUGCGAUCUUCGAUUUCCAGCUCACAGAGUCUGAGAUGAAGGCAUUGGAUGCCUUGCACGGGAAGCACUUGGAGCCAAUCUAUAUGUGA